AUGACUUCCUCCUCUGAUUAUGAAGGGAAAAAAUCAAUUCUCGAUCUUGAAAUGAGUCCUACUACAAGAGCUAUAGCUACUCCUACUCCUAACGAUGUUGGUCCCAACUCCGAUGGUGACGAUUCUGUACCAAGAGCUCCUAAAAUGCCAAGAUCUGAUGUGUGGAAUUUUUUUAAGAAGAUAAACGUUACCAGGAAUGAACACGGAAGCAUAGGGGUUUGCUUUGGGAUGCUAGGGGACAAUCUACCAUCCCCAGCCGACGUUGUUGCUCUCUACAAGAAAAACAAUAUAAACUCAAUGAGAAUUUUCAACCCUGAUCCAGCAGUACUAAAUGCUUUGCAACAGAGUGGAAUUAAUCUGGCCAUAGGCACAACAAACGGAGACAUUCCCAAUCUAGCAGUGAGCCCAAAUGCGGCACUUCAGUGGGUGAAUACCAACAUUGUCCCUUACCCAGAUGUAAAGUUUCAGUAUCUUACAGUUGGUAACGAGGCUAUCCCUGGAGAAAAUGCUCAAUACAUAGCUCCAGCUAUGAAAAACCUCCGAGAUGCACUUAACUCGCUGCAAUUGGGUGCUAUAAGCGUGACAACUGUAGUUCCCAGCACUGUACUUGGCACAUCCUACCCUCCCUCUGCAGGCUCCUUCUCAAGUGAAACCAUUAGCGACAUGACCAAUAUCAUAUCGUACUUAGCCACUUAUGAGCCUGAGAACCCCAAGCGCACUCUCAUGGUUAAUGUGUAUCCUUAUUUUGCAUAUGUGGCAGACCCAGUUCAUGUUUCAUUAAAUUUUGCGCAAUUUACCGCCACAGCCCCAGCUUUUAAUGAUACAGGCUUACAAUAUUGGAAUCUAUUUGAUGCUAUGGUGGAUAGUUUCUAUUCAGCUAUGGAGAGAGUUGGAGGGACAAAUGUUGCAAUAGCAAUAUCUGAGAGCGGUUGGCCUUCAGCUGGCAAUGGAGAGUUUACGACAACUGCUCUAGCUCAGACGUAUAAUUCGAACCUCAUGAAUCACGUUGCUAAGGGUGGAACUCCGAAGAGGCCUACUGAUUUGCUGGAUUCCUUCUUGUUUGCGAUGUUUAAUGAGGAUCAAAAGCAACCGGGAGUUGAGCAAAAUUUUGGUUUAUUCUACCCAAACGAGCAGCCUGUUUAUCCUUUAUUUUAG